CGGCGGGGGAAGCCGCGGGGAGGGGGCCCAAGGGCUUCUCCUCCUCUCGCCGGGUUAUUUUUUCCGGUGCUUGCUCCAGCGGGGGAGGUGGGAAGAGCCAAAAGGCGGCGGUACCCCCUUCCCGCCCCCCCGUCUCCGCCGCAGCACAUGGGAAGCAAAAGUUUUCCUCCUCCUCCUCCUCCUCCUCCUCCUCCUCCUGCUGCUCCUGCUGUUGCUCGGUGCCCUCCGCCCGCUGCCCUCGCCCCGCAGCCCCCCCGGGCCGCCCCCCGAGGAUGCUCGGGCACCGCUCGGACGCGGAUGUCCCGCCGGACAGCGAGGAAUAGAGCCCGGCAGGAGCCCCUCCAGGGCCGGAGGGAGCGGAGCCGAGCCUGCGCUCGCAUCUUCCGCAGGGAUCCGCGGAGGAAAGGAGCCGCUGGGCCGAAAUAACCAGAUGCUUUAGCAGCGCCGGCGAGGCUGCGCUGCACCGCCGCUCCGGCCCCGCCAUGGGCACCGGGAUGUGCUCCAGGAGGCAGAAGGGGCUGCUGCAGACCGCCUUCUGCCUGCUCACCCUGGCCUGCCUGGCCUCCGGAGUUUUCCUCUACAACCACUUGCAGCAGAAGGUGCGGAGCGCCGAAGCGCUGGCGCAGAAAUACAAACAGCAGCAGGAAGCUCUGUCAGCCCAGCUCCAAGUGGUGUACGAGCACCGGUCCCGCCUGGAGCGCUCCCUGCAGAAGGAGAGGGGCGAGCACAAGAAGACCAAGGAAGAUUUUUUAGUGUACAAGUUAGAAGCUCAGGAAGCUCUCAACAAGGAGAAGCAAGACUCCAUGAACAGAUAUGGGGCCCUCAGCUCCCAGCACAAGAUCCUGAAGAACCAGCACGACGAUGUCAAGAAGCAGCUGCUGGACCUGCAGCUGCAGCACAACAGCCUCAGACUGGAGCACAGGAAGAGCCUGGAGAGCCACAGCCAGAAACUGGCCCAGCUGCAGCAGGAGAAGGACAGCGAGGUCACCAACCUGCAGGACACGGUGUUUAAACUCAGAGAAGAGAGCAAACUCCUCAGGAAAGCCCACCAGGAGGUUCACUCCCAGCUCCUCAAUGCCCAGGCUCAGAUGGAAGAGUUCAGGCAGCUCAAGGAAGCUCUCCAGAAGAUGCCAGGCUUGAGAGGAGGAGGAAGAGGAGGAGGAAGAGGAGGAGGAGGAGGAGGGAAGGGGCAGCAGCCCCUGGUGCCAGCCAGCAGCCAGCUGCAGCCAGGGAGGCAGGAGGGUGUGAGGAUGGUGAUGCACAUCCAGGUGAGGAGCCACGAGCAGAGCCCAGCUCCUGGGCUGGCCCAGGCUGGGGCAGGACAAACCUCCCCAGCAGAAAAUGCCCCCGUGCCCGGCAGCCAGCAGCCAGCAGGGAGCAGAGAGGUGCCACUGCAAAGCUGGCAGGGCCUGCCUGGCACCCCCAGGGCCCCGCUGCCAGCCCCUGGCAAUGGCCAGGCUGCCCCCAGGGCUGGGCACAGGGGCAGCCCCAGCCCCGGGAGAGGGGCACAGCCAGCGCGCAGGGAGGACGAGGAGGAGCUGCAAAUGGAUGCAGGAGUCAUCGGCAGGGAGGUGCACUCCCAGAAAGAGCCCGUGCUCCAGGAGCCCAUGAUGCCAGAUGAUGCUGCAGAUCCUGCCCAGGACCCCAAUAACCAGGGUGAGGAUGAGUUUGAGGAGGCUGAGCUGGAGAGACCUGACUUUGAGGAGAAGGUGGGAGCCUCAGAGAAGUUCAAGGAGCCCAGUGUUAAAGAAGAGUGGAAGGAGAAGCCACCAAAGGAUGCUGGCAGACCUGCCAAGCCCAGGGAAGAGCCACUGGAGGAUUACCAAGAAGAUCAGGAGCAAGAAAUUGUACGACACCAAGGAGGAUCAUGGAGGGGAGGUGGAUGACAACGACGACCUGGAGCUUGUCCAAGAGCAGAAGGACCGAUUGGGAAGGCAAGGAGCUGCUGGCAAGAAGGAUGACUACUUCUGAGAGCUGCUGGAAAAACGGGAUACUCCAGGAAUGAGGGGAUGGGAACUCCUCUGGGAACUGCCUCCUGAGUUAAACAGUGCCCAGAGCAAAGGCAGGAGGAGGGAACUCUCUGCAGGCCCUGGCAGGGGGUGUGCAGAUGAAAAUCCCAUCAGUGUGGGGCCCCUGCUGCCUCUCAGAGGUCUCUCAGACUGGGAAUGAUCUUAUCCUGCUGCUUUUCUUAAAGCACUUUUUGAUUUACUGUGGUCUUCGCCCUCUUGUUUUUCACACCCCCUUUUGAAGCUGGAGAGGGGUUUUUUGGCUGUUUUUGGGGGUGUUUUUUACCCCCUCUGGGCAGCAGAGGGGUGCCUGAGCUGGUCCCUGGACUCACUCGACUGGUCUCUAAUACAAAGGAAUCUGUCUUGAUAAAUUAUUCUGUGUUUCUUUAACACAUCCUCUGAGUAGGGUGGGGAGGGAACCAGAGGAAAUUCCCUGUUCUUUGCCUGGAGCUGUGCAGGAGCACCAAGCACAGCCAGCAGAGCCUGGGGGUGAACUCCUGCAGCCCCUCCUGCUGCAGAGACCCUGCAGAGACCGGGAGCAGAUCCUUGCAGAGCUCUCCUUGCUCUGCCUUUGGGCUGUGACCGUCCUGCUGGCCUCAGAGUGUCCCCUGGAACGCUGUGCCCCUUCCCUGCUGGAGCUGAGGGCUGCCCUGAGCUCAGAGAGGCUCUUCCCCAUGGGGACAGGGACAGCCACACCAAGAAACAGGGAAAAAAGGAAUAUUUGCAGCCCAACUAAUGCAGUUCCAAGCUGUUUGGAUCGUUGCCAGUCUCCCAACAGGAGCUAAGGUAAAUUUUGUCUCUUCUAGACAGGUUUUGAUCAGCAAGCUGGGAGUUGUUGAUGGAGUAGACUGAAUCCUGUGGCCUCCAAAAGACAUCUUACCUGACCUCAGGGACAAAAAGGAACAGUCAGAUGGAGCCUCUGGAAAUUAAAAUGGAAAGAGAAUGGA